AUGCGAUGCGCACACCCACUUCUCCAGCCGGCGUUCGCGCUCCCCCCGCGCCAUCUUCCGCACCCCACGCGCGCUUUGCGCACGUCACGCGCCUCUCUCGAGCUUACGUCGGCGCGCAACCCGCACCUCAAGCUAGCGCGGUCUCUCCUCCGGCGGCGCCACCGCGACAAAAACAACCUGAUCCUUCUGGAGGGGCAGCGACUAAUCGAGGACGCUCUCUCCGCGUCCUUCGCCCCGCACCAACUGUUCUACUCCGACAAGUUGCUGCGCCGAAGCGCGGCAAUGGGCGCACUCCUCGCCGACGUACGCCGCUCGGGCUGCGCGCCCAUGCUCGUGGCUGAGCCCAUCAUGCGCUCGCUGUGCAACACCGUGAGCCCGCAGGGCGUGGUGGCGGUGCUCGAGCGCCCGGCCCUGCCGCUGCCGGAUUCCGGCACGCUCGCGCUCGUGUGCGACGAGGUGCGCGACCCCGGCAACGUCGGCACCCUGCUUCGAUCCGCUGCGGGCGCGGGCGUGGACGCUGUGCUGAUGACACACGGGUGCGCGGACCCAUGGGGGCUCAAGGUGCUCCGCGCGGGCAUGGGGGCCCACUUCCGCCUCCCGGUGCAGGUGGACCAGAGUUGGGACGAGGUCAUGCAGGUGGUACACAAGUGGGGGUGUGAAGUGAGCGUGGCGGAUGGGGGUGGAGAGGAUUAUGCAAAGGUGGAUUGGUGUGGACCCGCCGCGAUAGUCGUUGGGGGGGAGGCAAAUGGACCCGGGGAGAGGGCGUUUCAGGAGGCACAGGGAAGGGUGGUCGGGAUUCCGCUUUGUUCGGGGAUGGAGAGCUUGAAUGCCGCCGUGGCAGGGAGCGUAGUGCUCUUCGAAGUCAGGAGGCAACGCCAUUCGUGUGUUGUCUCCUGA